AUGCACAUAGACUCAAUGACGUUCCCUUCCCCUCCCCGUUCUCCUUCUCCUACCCAUCGCGGCCCCUCUGAAUCCAGCGCCCACACGGCGUACCUCAGGCCACACCAAUACCAACUCACAAACACGUCUACCCCCGACCUGUCCCGCGUGGCUUCGCCAACAGAAACUGUCGUUGACCUCCCCGCCACCGCCACCGCACUUGGGGAGAUACCUAGCAACUUCCUCAAUGCCGCUGCCUACUCUGCUCCUGCACCGGCACAAAAUGCAACAGGGCCUCAACGCAAGGUCAACCGCAUUGCACGACGCGUGCACGGCUGGACCUGGCAGGCGUUCCCUGUGGGCAUGGGGACUGGUGCAGUAUAUGUGACCAUGAGCGGUCUUAAGGACCGGUCGCCCGCGCUGAAAACGAUCGAGACCGUAUUCUUCUUCAUCAACCUCUCGCUCUUCUGUCUCAACGUCACGACGCUCGCCAUCCAAGCGCUUCUGUACCCUCGGCAAGCGAAGCGCUUGGUCACGGACCCUUCCAAGAACAUCUUUGUACCCCUCGUCGUUCUCUCAUUCGCAACCAUCGUUAUCGGUACCAUCAACUAUGCUAUCAUACCCGGACUGAUACACCCUCGCCUGGUCUACGUCCUGUUCUGGAUCUACGUCGGCUUCUCUGUCAUCGUGAGCUUCCCACUGCUCAUGAUCUGGUACAACCGCCCGCACGACAUCAAGACUUUCACGCCGGCCUGGAUGUUCCUCGUUUUCCCGAUGAUGCUUGUCGGCGUCGUGGCGUUCAACGUGCUCAAAGUCAUGGAUCCCGCCGACGAACGUGCGGUCGGCGUCCUCUUCGUCGGCUACUUCUUCCAGGGGAUCGGUUCGAUGGUUACCCUCCUGUACCUCGCGGUGUACUUCAUGCGUAUUAUGACGACCGGCUUCAUGGAGGGCCACCAAGCGAACGGUGCUUUCGUCGCUUGCGGUCCGCCCGGCUUCACGGCCCUGGCCCUCAUCAACCUCGGAGCGCGUGCGCGCGAAAUCCUUCCCCUUCACGGUAUCAUGUCGGACAUCGCCGGCGAGGUGUGGUAUGCAUCGUCCGUCCUCGGCGCACUGCUGCUGUUCGGAUUCGCCAUCUUCCUCGUGCUCUUCGGCGCCCUGCCGUAUUGGUUCAAGUUACACAAGCACCUCAACGAGAUCCUCGGAUGCUGGGCUCUGACCUUCCCGAAUGUCGGUUGGAUCGGCAGUCUCGGUGCGCUCGCGGACGCUCUCAAGAUACCCGGCCUGCGCACGGUCCAAGUGGUUUGCGUGAUCAUCAUCGCGGGCUUGUGGCUCGUUCUGGCGACUCUCACCGUGGUCGCAUUCUGGCGCGGCCUGAUCCUGCGCUCGCAGUGCGACGCCGUUCUCGCGGAUGCGGAGCACAAGCUUUUCGUUUCGGAAAAACAGGAUCCCAGGCUCGACCACCGGUCCUCUUUUAUCCAUGUUGUAUAG